AUCGAUUUGCUUUAAUUACUCGCUGUUUUACGCAAAUCACCACAGUGCUUUCGUGUCUCUAGAAUCCAUAAUAGAUUCACCAAAAUAUUUCGAAAAAUCGUUCUUCAUUACCAGGGAGAAUCUCCAAAGAUAUGCAGUUACCGGGAGAAAAGAAUUUUGCGAUUAUUCUCCUGUUUCUUACUGUUUUUCACACGAUGACAAAAUCUGGAGCUGAAGCCGAGGAACUUUCGGUGGACAUUGGGACUGAGGAAGUGAUUGCAGAAGACGACCGAAGUCCAACGGGAAAGGCCUCUUUAGUUCUCGAUGAUACCAAGGACAUCGAAAGUGCAUUCAACAACGAGGACGAUGUCCCGGAAGAAAUCGAGGAGUGUUCGAGGAUUUCGACCGAAAGAGAUCUUCCACAAUGAAAUUCAUCUUCGCCUCCUCGACGCUCUCGAUGAAAUUAGUCAUUUUGUAGAGGCUGUCCUCACCCGAAUUGAAUCCGCCCUUAAGAUUCUGUUGCCUCACGUCCAAGAAUCUCCUAUUGGAGAUCUAAGAGUAGAAGAUCUUUUCCCGGAGGUCCGUCGCUUCCUCCACGGCACCAUGAGAGAUGUCUACAAUGUGAUCAGGACCUCUUGGCGCGACCUCAUCCGCAUCCACGUAGCCAUGGCCAGUGACGCUGCCCAGCAGAUGCAUGCUCUCACGAUUGUAAGAGAUGCGCAGAUCCAGGGCGAGGAGAAGAUAAAAGCGAGCCUCAUGGAACUGUCUGUUACCCUCAGAGCAAUCAUUCUCAACAGUAUUUAUGUUUUACAAGAAUCGUUGAAAUUACCUGAACACACAGAGCCUAAACAAGCAGCAGCUCAGAUAAAUCAGAAGCUUCCAAAGGUUGCACCGAAUUUCUUAGGGACGCUAAUGAUGAAGAUGAUGGAAAAAGGUGAGGGUCGAGAUGCUCACAAAAAGCUCCACACCAACACUCUAAGGUACAUCACAGGACCCGUCAAAAAGAUGUAUGAGCAACUCAAGGACCUUAACAGAGCUGAACCGAGCUCAGAGGACCUUCAGAUCUACUGGAAGUCAAUGAUCGAAGAGAGUCACUUGAGACUCAUAGAGGAUCCCAUAGAACCCUCCAAGUAUGAAAUCGUCUUCCAAAAUGAAGAAUACUUGACAGGGCUGGUUUUGGGGUUAAUGGAAACCUUUUAAUUUUUGUUCUUCUGUGUUAAUUUAUAUUUCUGAUUUCUUUAAAACCCAGUGUCUUCAAUUCACAUAAAGUUAUAUCUUAAAUGUA